AUGGCGGCGACAAGAUCGCCAAACAAUGAGCAAGCCGAAUUAUCUCCUUCCCGUGCAAACAAUGUCGCGCCUUUGACACCCCGAGCUCCAGCCUCACACUCACACUCACAAACAGCAUCAAGCCCACUGAUUCAGCGUGCGCAACGCUUCAACAGAAGCUCGACACUUGAUCCUGUCGUGAAUGCAGAUGGAAAUCACGCAUAUACCAAGCACAUUCUUUGUGAGGCUGUCGAUGCUAACCAAGACCCUCUCGACAUCCGGCCAUUCGUUGACGCGGCGAUAUCAUCGUACCCCUCUUCGCGCAAGCCUGAAAUAUACGGUGACCUUGUCAAGCAAGGCCCCAAGCUUCACGCACUCGUCAGCGAAGUUCGUCAACGCCUGAACACGGCUCCCGAGCGCGUGGCAGAGAUGGACCGCAAGAUGGUCGAGCUCGAUCAAGCGUGGGGCGCCAGUGAUGACGUAUGGCUGCCUGUUGAGUUUCGUGCUGGGAAGGGAGUCCGAGAUCUCGACAAGCUCAACAAGCUACUGCGUGUUACGAAGCUAGCCAUAUCCAACAGUGUUUCGCUUCUUUCGCUUUGGCAGCCGGGAGGUCCCCUUUGGGAGUCUCUGACUGGCAAUCCGCCCAAAUUCACUCGAGAGGCUGGCAAAUCUGCCAUUGAAAGAUUGCGUCAAGACCUGUUACGGACUCAUGGAGUCAACAGCCGAGCCAGCGAGUUGGGCAGCGAACUGAGGAACCUGGCCCCUGAUGCUAUCGUGGAAGACGCGGCAGAGUCUACGCCACCUGACCAUUCGCCACAGACACAGUCCAAUCACCCGGAUUCUGAUUCUGCAGACCCUGAAAUGGGUCGUCGAAUGCCAACAUUCUCGGCGGACCCCGAUAUUUCCGACCCCGAUGUUUCUCUGGGUAAAGACAUUGCCACUCCACACAAGGGCGCCCGGGAUCAAUCACCAGCCAUAUCAACCCGGUCUCUAGACAUGGCCAACUACCAAUACAUUUCUGAUGACGAAGAUGGGGAUGAAGCGGGCAAAACAAAAGGUCAAAUGGCCCAGCAUGCCGCCAGAAGGCUUCUCGAGCAGCUCCAAGCCGAUGCCUGCCUCACCGACGAUGUUCUCCACCUUCUCUGUUGUUUCACGCUGGCAAGUCACGAUAUUGGCUCAUCUGAGAGCUCGCGCCCACACCUCCUCGACCCUCUCUGGUUUCACACGAAAACGCCAUCACCAAGGAUGCCAAGCUUUCUUCUCGAUGUUGGUAACCACAGCGCCCGGGCUGUAUAUCUUCCAAUUCAUCUAGAUUACAAUCAUUGGGUCCUCUGUCGGGUUCUCAUUGAUGGGUUGCGAGCCACCAUUUCCAUCUACGACUCUCUGUUGCGACACCCAAGCCAGGAUAGGAUUUCCAAGUCGUUAGAGCAGUGGUUCUCUCAAACUUUACCCUCCCUACAACUUGAGAUUAUCACACCGGCAUGCUCUCAGCAGUCAGACUAUACCAGUUGUGGCAUUUUUGUAGUCAUGACCCUUGAGAGACUCUUGAGAAAUCAAUCCGUCACUGACACAAUUCAAGUCUUCAACGAGCGGCAGAGAUUGCUGCGGCUCCUCCUGUCUGAAGACAGCCGGCAUCUUGCAUUAAACGACCUUCAACUGGAGACUUUGUCAGCUGUUCGAGAGUUGAGGCCGGCUUUGAAGCCACAACAACGGUCCACGGAUGAGACAUUGACCAAGUCAAAUAUCCCCAGGACAACGGCACACAACGCUGACAUUUCUUCAAACCAACCGACCUGCGCCAUUGAACCCGUUCUAGAGAUGGGGGAUCGACAUGAGCCAAUCGACCUGAGUACCUGCAACGAUUUUCAUCCGUCCGCUUGCGAAAUGUCGCCGGCAAGGGUUGGAAUAGACCAAGACUUGGUUGGCGGCUGCGAGAAUGCUGAUCAAUCUAUCCCUCAAAGCCAGUCCAGUGACAUCCCAACUUGCUCACUGGAAGCCCCUGCCAAGCGGAAGAUAUCUCAGGAGCAGGAAGAUAUACAAGGAACUGGCAACAAAAAGCUAUGCAGCCUAGACUCGGCCGAUCUGUCGACACUCAGCGACCACUUCCUGCGUGCACUCCACAGAAAGACAGCGUCAGCUGUUUCCAGUUCUGCUGCCCAUCUUCAGGAUGCAGAAAUGGCCCUAUCCCAGGCUGAAGGAACUCUUCAAGUAGCCAAAGGCGCCGUGGAAGCUGCCGAGUUGCUCAAGGACAAGAGUGGUGGCCGAACAGCGAGGUUUCAACAGUGGUUGGAGAAGGCCCCUUCAGAGGAUCAAGAUCCAGAUUUCGAAGACGCAAUAGUCAGUGCUACCAAAGCAUCACAGGCGUACCUGGAUCAGUACAGCUUCCGCGUCCACAAACGCAUCGCCGCAGCAAAGCAUGAUCUGGUUGAGGCCACUCAGGAGGUCGAAAGAUGCUCAUCUGUCGUUAUUGAGUGUAAAAGGCAUCUCCAAGUGGCACAAAGCAAGGAAGAGGAGUUUAAAAACAUUGAAGGCGUGGUUGAAAGACUUGUUACAGACUAG